AUGGCUGCGAAGAGGCGCAAUCUGGAACUAGGCAAUGUGCUGGUCGUCGGUGGCUGUGGUUUUCUGGGGUGGCAUAUUGUCGAUCAUCUCCUAAACUUCCCAUCCGAGACAGACCCCAGCGUUGCUCUUCCCAAGGUGACCGACGAUGCGCGUUUCGAUUUUGAGACUCUCGGCUCUCGAUUCCCCAAUUAUAAGGCUAAGGUGUCCGUGGUGGAUCUGCGAACUACACACAACCGUUUGCCUGGCGCAACCUAUUACGAUGGCGAUAUUACUUCUGUUGAGUCCAUGCUUGAGGUCUUCCGCACCGUUAAGCCCGAUGUUGUGAUUCAUACUGCGACUCCAUCUGUGCUCGAUGGUAACAAGCCAUUGCUGUACAAGGUUAAUGUUGAGGGUACUAAGACUCUUGUCGAAGUUGCUGGUGGUGAGCAUGGUGAUUGGGGUGGCAAGUGUAAGGCUUUUGUGUACACUAGCUCUAGCUCCGUCGUGCACGACACUCAGAGUGACUUGAUCAAUGUGAACGAGGAAUGGCCUCUCAUCCGUGGCGAAAGACAGAAGGAAUACUACUCCGAGACCAAGGCCGACGCUGAAGAACUUGUCCUCAAAUACAACCGUCAGUCACCGAGCGGAAUGACCACAGCUGCUAUCCGUCCCGCUGGUAUCCUCGGCGAAAAAGACACAACAGUCACCCACAAGAUCCUCGAGCACGGCUCCAAAGCCUCCAACACAGUUCUGAAGAUGCAGUUGGGCGACAAUGACAACCUCUUCGAUUUCACCUACGUCGGUAACAUUGCCUACGCACACAUGUUGGCUGCACACCGUUUGAUUAGUACCUUCGACCGCUACCAGUCUGGCCAGGGCGGGCCCUUGGACCACGAGCGCGUGGACGGCGAGGCAUUCAACAUCACCAAUGACUCUCCUCUUUACUUCUGGGAUAUGACACGUGCCAUGUGGGCGCUGAUUGACCGAGUAGUUGAGACUAGCGAGGUCUGGGCUCUGCCCGAGGGCUUGCUGGGUAUUGUUGGCGGUAUCGCAGAGACUGUGAUGGGUGUCUUUGGUAAGACUCCUCGGCUGACACAGCGGAUGGUGCGAUACUCGUGUAUGACCCGUUACUACUCCAUUGAGAAGGCGAAGUUCCGUCUUGCUUACUUGCCUGUCAUUCCUGUUGAUGAGGGUAUUGCUCGUGCUGUUGGGUACGUGGUUCAGAAGCAACGGGAGGAUGAUGGAAAGAAGGCGCUGUAA